AUGAAAGUAUCACAAGUUUUGAUUUCCGCCGUCUCGAUCUUCGGCUUCGCUACUAGCGUAAACGCCCAAAACGUUUCCAACACGACCACUAAUGCUGCUCCUGCUUUGCACGGGCAAAACGGCCAAAUGCUAAACGCCGGUAUCGUCGGUGCCGCCGUAGGUGGUGCUUUGGCCUUCUUAAUCUAA